AUGUCGUCUUCAAAUGAAAAUAAUGACGCUGGUCAAGAUACUGACAACAACACAUCAACAACAAAUAUUUUUGGAUCCAGUACAAAGUCGUCAAUUAGUUCUCUGUUUGGUACUUCCACCGACGGAAACCAAACUGAUCAAACACAACAACAGUCAGAAUUAAACCAACCUUCCGCAACUACAAAUGCCCCUGCUUCUUCCUCAACUUCACUAAAGUUUGUACAUUCUGAUAAUUCUGGAGAAGGAGCGUAUGAUCUGUUCGGAACCAUGAAUACAACUAAAACCACAGUGUUUGGAUCAAAAGAUUCGGAAACGGUGAAGGAUUCACCCACCUCAGGAGAUACAAACACAGCUAGCUCGACAUCUCCAGCAAAUGCCGUUGAUAACGAAAAAUCAUUUGGUUCAGGACAUCAAAAUGGUAAAGAAGAAAGUAGUAAACCGUUUGGAGUGUUUGGAGUCUCGACAUUUGACUCAGCCAAAACAUCUAAUUUGUUCGCAGAUAGCCACUUUACAAGAGCAUCGGACGUAAUGAUGCCGUCACAACAUAAAGAACCACCAGUGCUUCAUACACACAUAGAAAAACCCAAGGAAGUGCAGCAUCUUGACCUGAGUAAGUUGACGGAAAGCGACUUUGUGGAAGGCUACGAUUCAAAUUUAUACUCAGUAGAAGAUAGAGAUGUUGAGAAACUAAAUAAGCAGAAGGAACAAUUAUAUUCAGAAAAUAAAUUAAGUACUGAAGAUUCCGAUCUUGAUAAGAAGAAAGAGGCUGAAAGUUCAACCUUAUUUACAACACCUGACCCUAUUAAAACAACAACAGAACUGUUUGGACAACCUGAUAGGUCACUAAAGACGUUUGAAACGUUUGGAUCUGGAGAUAAGGUAGCUCCAAGUCUAUUCGGCACAUCUGAACCAAAGACUGUUUCAUUGGGUUCAGUUACAGCACCCACAUUUAAUCUUGUGGAAACUGACCAGACUCACAAGGUCACAGAAUCCAGCCUGUCUUCAAAGUCGGAUAGCUUUACAACCAGCCUGACUGAGCAAGGUGACUCAAAAACAUCAUUGUUUGGGUCAUCUAAGUCAAACUUAUUUGGCGACACAACUAAACCGUCGCUAUUCGGAACAGAUGAUAAUAAAUUGCUGGCACCUGCCUCUGACACCAGCUUGUUUGGUUCUACAGAUAAGAAAUCGACGAAUUUGUUCGGAAGUACAACAACUUCAAACCUUUUCGGCACAACAGGACAGUCGAGUACUUCAACUAGUUUAUUUGGGACUUCAGAUACAAGUAAGACUGGUGGUUUAUUUGGCAGUACUACUUCUGGUGGGCUGUUUGGUACGCAGGAUAAGAGUUCUGAUACUACGAAAACAGGUACUACAGACUUGUUUGGAGCUUCAAAUAAAACAGAUAAUUUAUUUGGAACUACUACUACUGGAGGACUAUUUGGAACCACAGAACCAAGUAAAACAGGUGGCCUGUUUGGUAGUACCACACCUGCCACCACUAAUCUCUUUGGGACAACGGACUCUUCAACCACAACGAAUUUAUUUAGUACUUCAGAUAAAGCAACUACUAGCUCUACUAAUUUGUUUGCAACCUCUCAGCCAUCAACUACCGGGGGGUUAUUUGGAUCAACAGAUACAACAAGUAAGACCGGUGGUCUCUUUGGAACUAAUGAUUCAACAUCUAAAACAGGCGGAUUGUUUGGGACUACUAAACCUGCAACCACUGGGUUAUUUGGCACAGAAGAUAAACCUGCCACCGCUACUACAACAGGAGGGCUUUUCGGAACUACUGAAACUACCACUUCAGCUCCGUUAUUCGGGUCCACAGAUACAGCUGGAUCUUCCGCUAAGGAUCUUUUUGGGAAAUCUGACAAACCAGCAACAGGUGGCUUGUUUGGAACAACUGAUACGACUUCCUCUCUUCUAGGUCAGAAAGAUACAGGGAAGACUCAAGCUUUUGGAACAGAUUCAACGAAAACAGGAGACAUUUUGGGUCAGUCUGAUCCCCUUAAACUUAAAGAGACGGGACCAAAGGUCACAUUCUCAAUGCCAUCAACAGAUACAACAGAACCGACCAAAACAACGACCCUGGGAACAACCCAGACUUCAUAUGCUGGAGCACAGGAUUUAACUAAACUGGACGUAGACUUUAGCGUAACCGAACAGCACACAAUAGCAGAAUUACUAGAUAGCUGGGAAAAGAGAGUAGCCAAGAAGGUGGAGUCAUUCAACCUCUUCUCAGACAAAGUCUCGACAAUAGAUAGACAAAUAGUUCAACAAUGUAACAAUAUAAACAGCCUGCUAACAAUGCACAAGGAACUUUUGGAAAAACAUAAAAAAAUGGAAGCCUCAAUCAAGACAAUGGAAGAAGAACAGAAGAUGACACUUUCAGUAUUGGAUAAUAUGGAAAAGGUUCUUAAAGGGAAACUUGAGUCACUAAAUAAUCGAAGUAAUGGAUAUAAUAUGGUACAAGCAAUAACAAGGAACCUACAGGAACUAUCAGACCAGUUAUCAACAACCACAAAGGUGGCGGAAGAAACAGCAGAGGCCUGCCAACCAGAGCCACUAUACACCAUCGCAAAAGUACUCUCAUUCCACCAAGUGAGUCUCAUAGACCUUGAAAAGCAGUGUGAUGAGAUAGACCGAAGAAUUAAGGCACUCAACCCAAGUUUAACUUUAUAA